CUCCCUCUCAACAUCAUGGCUUUUUUCCUUUGUUAUUAAUAUAUAUAUACACAUAUCUAGAUAUAUAAUAUAAUCUGCUUGGUCCAUUAGGUGUUACUUAUAUGAUUUCAGGGAUGACCACUUGAUAGUGGAUAGAUAGUCCUGGGAUACUCAUCUUUUUUCUUCCUGUUGUUCCUGGCUCUAAGAUACAGGGUUUACCCCAUCUGUAACCCAACAGUAUAUGGCACCAAACCCAGUUUCACAUGCUAUUCCAUUUAAUCUUCACAGCAUUCUUUUUAGAAGACACCCGUGUUCUUGUUCUAAAUAGAGAAACUGAGCCUGGGGGAGAAGUUAAACUCAGAGAAACAAUCUCUUGCUUAACAAGAGAAUCGAAAAUCUAAUAAGAAGAUACAUUAUGUUGGUGGUAAAACUGAGUCAAUCAACAGAGAUAGAAUACAAUAGCAAGCUCUUCUUUCCUCCACCAUCGUGUUCCCUACACUUCACUCGAUUUCUUGCCAUGUCUGCUCAGAAGACUUUCAGACACAAGCAAUUCCCAGCCAAGAAACAAAAGCAAAAUCGUUCUAUUCCUCAAUGGAUUCAGAUGAAAACUGGUAACAAAAUCAGGUAUGACUCCAAGAGAAGACACUGGAAAAUGAAGCUGGGUCUGUAAGGAUUCACACAAUGGCAAUACUAAGGGUUUACACCGGAUCAUGCUCAUUGAUCAAUCCUCCCAGAUGGAGGUGACCAUUUUUAACCUGGAGACUUGGUCAUGUUUCAAUUGGUGGUGUGGUUUUUCCAAUAAUAAAAUGUAGAACCUUUCAAAAA